UCUGCAGGCUUUGAAUAAAGGAUGGAGAACAUGUCUGCUGUCCCCAAACUGGCUGCACAGCCUCCCAGAUUUCAUCUCCCGUCUCCGUGUCUCUGGACUCUAAUUAGGGCUUCCAUGUUCUUUGAGGGGCCUGGCAUCUGGAUCAGGAAGUGACAGCGUUGUUGCUAUCUGUCCAUGUCUUGGAGUUAAUGCAUAUUGAUGAGGGAGGCUGAGCCCACGGCUCGUUCAAGCUCUCUGCAGAGAGGGGAGGCAGCCGAGUGGCUAGGAGCAGCGCACGGUGUUUCUCCUGUACAGACAGAAAGCUGCUGGCUGGCUCCUCUAGCAGAACUGGUUUUCCUUCCUUCCUUCCAUCACUUGGGCCUACUGGAUGGGAUGCUGAGCUGAGAGGAGAGUUGCCAGCACGCUCAGAAGUCGUCCUUCUUCCAUUUGUCAAUCCAAAAUGGAAGCCCCUCUGGUGAGCCUGGAUGAAGAGUUUGAAGAUCUGAGGCCAUGCUACAUAGCAGACAGGGAAGAGAAAUCUCAUUAUUUUUAUGGCUCCCCAUCUCAGCACUUGGAAGAUCCUUCCCUUUCUGAGCUUGAGAACUUCUCUUCUGAGAUCAUCAGCUUCAAGUCCAUGGAAGAUCUGGUCAAUGAAUUUGAUGAGAAGCUCAACAUUUGCUUUCGGAAUUACAAUGCCAAAACAGAGAACUUGGCUCCCGUGAAGAACCACUUCCAGAUCCAGGAAGAGGAGGAGAACCUGCAGGAUGAAGAGGUCUGGGACGCUUUAACAGACAAUUACAUCCCAUCCAUCUCCGAAGACUUGAGGGACCCUAACAUCGAAGUGCUCAAUGGCAAUGUCUCCGACACAGAGAUCCAUGAGAAGGAGGAGGAAGAGCUUAAUGAGAAGAGUGAAAAUGAUUCUGGUAUUAAUGAGGAACCUCUGCUCACAGCUGAUCAGGUGAUUGAAGAAAUUGAGGAAAUGAUGCAAAAUUCACCUGACCCUGAAGAGGAAGAAGAAAUUUUAGAGAAGGAUGAUGGUGGGGACACAAGCAGUCAGGCUGAUUCAGUCCUUUUGCAAGAAAUUCAGGCUUUGUCGCAAAGCCUGAACAACAACUGGUCAUGUGAAGGCUUGGGGCACAUGUCCGUCUCAGAGCUUUUGGAGCUACUGGAUCAAGUGGAAGGCACUAUUCAGGAUUACUCGGAGGAGCUGGUACAGCAGCUGGCUUGUCGAGAUGAGCUGGAGUUUGAGAAGGAGGUGAAGAACUCCUUCAUCACAAUCCUGAUGGAAGUGCAGAACAAGCAGAAAGAGCAUCGAGAGAUGAUGAAGAGGAGGAGGAAAGAAAAAGGACUGAGUCUGCAGAGCAGUCGAAUAGAAAGGGCAGCUCAGAUGCCUCUCAAGCGGUUCAGCAUGGAAGGAAUUUCAAAUAUCCUGCAAACUGGCAUCCGGCAGACAUUUGGAAAUUCAGCGACUGAGAAGCAGUAUUUGAACACUGUUAUCCCAUAUGAGAAGAAAGGGGCACCUCCUUCAGUUGAGGACUUACAAAUGCUUACAAACAUUCUCUUUGCAAUGAAGGAAGACAACGAAAAGGUCCCCACGCUGCUGACUGACUACAUUUUAAAAGGAAACACAGCAGGAUAGUUUGAGUCAAAGUUAAGAGAGUGAGCUGCAGAUUGAGGAAGCAGAAGUGAUAGUCACCAAUGAACAGUAAUGGAACCAAAUGAAAUACAAAUUCAAAGAUGUGCUCCAAAGAGGAGAGAAAGCUGUGCACACAUCUAAUGGAGUUGCAUUAUUUAGCUCUCUAAGAUGAGAGAAAUGAUGGUUUGUUGUUUGUAUUAUACUGUAUUCUUGUCUUGAUUCCAGCCCUGCCUCCCUGCUGCUCUAACAUUAUGAAUGAAACUGUAUGCCUCGUCGAUAGCACAAGGUACUA